AUUGUUGACUUUCAUGAGUGACUGAUGAGUGAUGACACACCAAACUCUCUCUCAGUCCAAGUUUGAAAGAAUGGCAGCCACAGAAGAAGAGCACAAAAGAUCAGACCAUCAGAGAGUAGAUAAUACUUUGUGCCCAUAACUCCACGUCUGGCGGCUUUGACUGUCAUCCUGAAUUGUAGUGUCUGAGGUGUGUAUAUGAGCAAAUUCCUCUCUCUCUCUCUCUCUCUCUCUCGCUCUACUGCUCUGCUUCUGUUCUUGAGACGGCUACUGCUUGUCUGGAUACAUAUAAUGAACUGUGAAUCACCAGGUUGAUGUUGUCCCCUCAUCCUACUAUGUUCUUUUUUGUGCCUGUGGUGUGUUUUUCACUGUUGAACUUCUACUCCUAUAGAUUAGUUACAGUAGAAGCAUAAUUUCCAUUAUAUAAAGAAAGAACAAAUGAAUAAUCUGUCUCUAUGUCAUGAAAUUGGCUUUUUCACUGAGCAGAAUGCCUGCAGCUAAAUUGCUUCAUGCAGUCUACUCUAGAAUAGGAAUUUUGUUGAAGAAGGCCUCAUUUGCCAUAAUGGCUGUAUAAAUUAUCAUAUUUAUGGUUCUUGUUUAGUGCACUAUUAGCUCAACCUCAACCGAGUUGUCGGGUUUUUAAGUUAACCCCCUACAAAGAGGAAGCAAACACAAGUAGUUUCUGAAGAACCAUGGCCGAAGAUGAUAUGUACACGAAAGAUGGGACGGUAGAUUACCGUGGGAAUCAGGCUGAUAGAAGUAAAACUGGAACCUGGAAGGCCUGCCCCUAUAUUCUAGGAAAUGAAUGUUGUGAAAGAUUGGCAUACUAUGGGUUGAGCUCCAAUCUGGUACGUUACUUUAAGAAGCGACUACAUCAGCACAGUGCUACUGCUAGUAAAAACGUAGCAAAUUGGAUUGGAACAUGCUACAUCACCCCAUUGAUUGGGGCAUUUUUGGCUGAUGCCUAUCUUGGAAGAUAUUGGACUAUUUUCUGUUUCUCCAUCGUCUAUGUUAUUGGGAUGACACUUUUGACACUGUCAGCAACAGUCUCUGGCCUAAAGCCAACAUGUUAUGGAGAAGAUAAUUGCCAUGCAACAGAUACACAAGCUGCAGUGUGCUUUCUAGCACUUUACUUGAUUGCAUUGGGAACUGGUGGGAUUAAGCCUUGUGUCUCAUCAUAUGGAGCAGAUCAAUUUGAUGAUACUGAUGAGGUUGAGAAGAAACACAAAGCUUCUUUCUUCAAUUGGUUCUAUUUCUCGAUCAAUACCGGUGCUCUUAUUGCUGGUUCUUUGCUGGUUUGGAUACAAGACAAUGUGGGUUGGGGAUGGGGCUUUGGCAUCCCUGCUGUUGCCAUGGCAAUUGCUGUAUUGAGUUUCUUUUCAGGUACUCAGUUGUAUCGGAACCAGAAACCUGGAGGUAGCCCUCUGACACGCAUCUGUCAAGUGAUCAUGGCAUCAUUGAGAAAAUGGCAGGCUGAAGUACCAGCUGACAAGUCCAUUUUGUAUGAGACUGCGGAUGCAGGAUCUGCUAUCAAAGGAAGCCGCAAGAUUGAUCAUACAAAAGAUUUCAGUUUCUUUAACAAAGCGGCAGUGUUGGUGCAAACAGAUCACGUUAAGGGCUCAGUAGACCCAUGGAGACUUUGCACAGUUACCCAAGUUGAGGAGCUGAAAGCUAUUAUACGAUUGCUUCCUAUAUGGGUCACAGGUAUCAUCUUUUGCACCGUCUCCAGUCAGAGGGGCACCUUAUUUGUGUUGCAAGGCGCCAUCAUGGAUGUCCGCGUUGGUUCAUCUUCCUUCGAGAUCCCACCUGCAUCUAUGUCAAUCUUUGACACCCUUAGUGUCCUUUUUUGGGUCCCAAUCUAUGAUCGAAUCAUUGUCCCAUUAGCUAGAAAAUUUACAGGUCAUAGAAAUGGCCUAACUCAACUCCAGAGGAUGGGCAUUGGCCUCUUCCUAUCCAUUUUUCCCAUGCUAUCUGCAGGAGUUUUGGAACUUGUAAGACUUAGAAUGGUUAGAAGGCACAACUACUAUGAACUUGAGCACAUGCCCAUGUCCAUAUUUUGGCAAGUUCCUCAGUAUUUCUUCAUAGGGUGCGCAGAAGUUUUCAUAUAUGUUGGGCAGUUGGAGUUUUUUUACGAGCAAGCACCUGAUGCCAUGAGGAGUCUGUGCGCUGCUCUCCAACUUACCACCGUGGCAAUGGGGAACUACUUGAGCUCUCUGCUUGUAACCAUUGUUACCACAGUGAGUACAAGGCACGGGAAGCUUGGAUGGAUACCAGACAAUCUGAAUUAUGGUCAUAUUGAUUACUUCUUUUGGCUUUUGGCGGUUCUGAGUGUGCUGAACUUCGGAGCUUUCCUCUUCAUUGCAAAAUGGUACACAUAUAAAAGGCCUUUGGGGACUCUCAGAUGAUGGUUUACUCUGGUGGUUGAAGCACUUGUAUAUAAAGUACAGCCUGCUUAAUGUGUAUCAUCUCCUUAUGUAUGCAACACAGUUGGAAGUCUACUUCAUAUUCAACAGUCUCUGUAUGCUGUUUUCAUUAGAUAAUGUAAAACAAAAAUCAAAUAGAGUGAAAAAGAAAGUGAACUACAAUUUGAAUUAA